AUGUCCCAGCCACCAUCUAGCACCAGACCUACACCAACCCUCGUAGGCUACAGACUAGGAUACGUAGAGCCUGCAACAGCCUCCCAAGCAAUCAGGGGUGUCAUCCAGAACCUCACAUUGGAGGCACCAAUUCAGAACCUCGACAUAGGCACCGAGACCAUUAUCCAACCAGAUACCCAGCUUCAACAACCUAGCCAUGAAAAUGCAUACACCAAGAUCCUGAACCAGCUGUUCAGUGACCGCUUGUACAUUGCCAACCAGCUUGGCUCACAGAACGCAGGUAUCUCCGCCACCAUCGCCGCUUCACCAGAGUAUGGUUUUGGAUCCCUACUUGCCCGAAAGGAACGUCGUGUCAAUCUCAAAAAGGAUGUCGAAGAGGCUGUUCGAGCCAACGGGUUCACAAACGAGACUUCCAAACAGCUUCUGUCUAAAUGGGCUUUGAAUGAAUCCAACUCCGCAAAAGCCAACCAGAUUGCGCCAGAUGUCAUUGAUGCUUUGGCAGCGGAUGGUUCCGCUCCAGCUGAAGACCUGCUUCAGUCCAAGGAGCUAUUCUUCAAGGAGUCCCAAUGGCUCAUUGGCUCCGAUGCAUGGGCCUACGACCUUGGAAACUCAGGAGUGCAUCAUGUUCUCGCCUCAAAUGAAAAUGUCAACAUGCUCAUUAUCGACUCCCAGCCGUACUCUCAACGGACUGCCGCAGAUCCCACACGCCGCAAGAAGGAUAUCGGUUUGUACGCAAUGAACUUCGGUCAUGCAUACGUUGCGUCUGUCGCAGUAUACAGCUCAUAUACCCAGGUCCUCCAAGCCAUUGCAGAGGCAGAACAGUUCAACGGGCCUUCAGUCGUCGUUGCUUAUCUACCUUACCAUAAAGAAAGCGACUCCCCCCUCACAGUACUCCAGGAGACCAAGAAAGCAGUGGAAGCCGGCUACUGGCCACUGUACAGAUGGAACCCUGAAAAUGCCGAAAAGGGGCUACCUAAUUUCUCAUUGGACUCCGAAAGGAUCAGAAGAGAACUUGAAGAAUUCCUCCGUAGGGAUAACCAGCUCACUCAGCUGAUGAAUCGUGAGCCCAAGUUUGCAGCAAGUUUAUCAGAGUCAUAUGGCAGUGAAGUACGCGCUUUGAAGAAGAGAGCUGCGAAGAAAGCGUACGACCAGCUCAUGGAGGGCUUGCUCGGUGCCCCUCUAACAAUCCUGUUUGCAUCUGAUAAUGGCAACGGCGAGAAUCUGGCAAAGAGACUAGCUAACCGCGGUAAAGCCCGUGGUCUCAAGACCAUGGUCAUGGCGAUGGACGAUUACCCGAUCGAAGACCUUUCGACGGAAGAGAACAUCGUCCUCAUCACCAGUACAGCAGGCCAGGGAGAGCUGCCUCAGAACGGACGUGGAUUCUGGGAAACAGUCAAGAACGCAGGAGACCUCGACUUGAGUGCUAUCAAGUAUUCCGUUUUCGGCCUGGGUGAUAGUCAUUACUGGCCUCGAAAGGAAGACAAGCUAUACUACAACAAGCCUGCCAAAGAUAUUGAUGCUCGUCUCGCCUUCCUGGGCGGUAAAAAGCUGGCUGAUAUCGGCCUAGGCGACGACCAAGACCCAGACGGUUAUCAGACCGGAUAUUCAGAGUGGGAGCCAAAUAUUUGGAAGGCCCUAGGGGUGGAUAACGUUGAAGGUCUACCUGAUGAGCCAGCACCCCUGACCAACGAAGAUAUCAAGAUCCAAUCUAACUACCUUCGAGGAACUAUUGCUGAGGGACUACGAGAUGAAUCUACCGGUGCUCUGGCAGAGAGUGAUCUGCAAUUGACUAAGUUCCAUGGAACUUACAUGCAAGACGACCGAGACUUGAGAGAGGAACGAAAAGCCCAGGGCCUCGAGCCAAAGUAUAGCUUCAUGAUCCGCUGUCGUCUCGCAGGUGGUGUAGCAACCCCUUCGCAAUGGCUGCAGAUGGACGAAAUCAGUAGCGCACAGGGCAACGAGACGAUGAAGCUUACGACCCGACAAACAUUCCAGUUCCAUGGUGUCGUUAAGGGGAAACUACGAGCAGCUAUGCAGGCGAUCAACCGGGCGUUAAUGUCUACCAUUGCUGCAUGCGGAGACGUCAACAGAAACGUCAUGUGCAGCAGUCUUCCUGAGCUGUCUACAUACCACAGCGAAGUCCAUGCUGUGUCGAAACUUAUCAGUGACCAUCUUCUUCCCGCUACCACCGCCUAUCAUGAAAUCUGGUUGAAAGACGAGAAUGAUAACAAAGUACAGGUUGCAGGAGACGCUGUUGUGGACCACGAACCACUCUAUGGGCCAACAUAUCUUCCUCGAAAAUUCAAAAUAACGAUCGCCAUACCGCCUCAUAACGAUACGGACGUUUAUGCCCAUGACAUAGGCCUCAUCGCAAUCAAGGGCGCAGACGGCCAUCUGGAUGGAUUCAAUGUCCUUGUCGGCGGUGGCAUGGGAGUCACCCACAACAACAAAAAGACAUACCCCCGGACAAGCAGUAUGCUAGGCUACGUCCCCGCCAAACAAGCACAUAUCGUCUGUGAGAAAAUUAUGCUCGUCCAGCGCGACCAUGGCGACAGGAAGAACCGCAAACACGCCCGAAUGAAAUACACUGUCGACGACAUGGGCGUCGACGUCUUCAAGGGCAAAGUAGAAGCCUUACUCUCUGAAGACCUUCGAUUCGCUGAACCCCGUCCCUUCAAGUUCGACUCCAACGUUGAUACUUUCGGCUGGAUCAAGGAUGAAAAGGGUCUAAACCACUUCACUUGCUUUAUCGAGAACGGUCGCGUAGAAGACACCUCUGACUUCCUCAUGAGAACCGGUCUGCGUGAAAUCGCCAAGUUGAACAAGGGCGAAUUCCGCCUCACUGGAAACCAGCACGUCAUCAUAUCCAACAUCAAAGACGAAGAUCUACCGCAGGUCAAAGCCCUGAUGGCAAAAUACAAGCUGGACAAUACAUCCUUUAGUGGCUUGCGCCUCUCGUCCUCGGCCUGCGUUGCUUUUCCCACAUGUGGUCUUGCGAUGGCUGAGUCUGAACGAUACUUACCCAUUCUCAUCACGAAGGUAGAGUCGUACCUUGAAGAGAAUGGCUUGUCGCGGGAAAGCAUCGUUAUGCGAAUGACUGGCUGCCCCAAUGGAUGCGCUAGACCUUGGUUAGCGGAGGUCGCCUUCGUGGGCAAGGCGUAUGGAGCAUAUAACAUGUACCUUGGCGGAGGAUACCAUGGCCAACGACUAAACAAGCUCUACCGCUCUUCAAUCAAGGAAACUGAGAUUCUCGAUAUCAUGAAGGGUUUGCUGAAGAGGUAUGCUCUUGAACGCCAAACGGAUGGUGACCAGCCUGAACGGUUUGGAGAUUGGUGUAUUCGUGCUGGUAUCAUUAAGGAGACCACCGAGGGCAAAAAUUUUCACGAAGGGGUUGCUGAGGACGAAGAGUAG